AUGGCUAGCCCGACGACGAUAACCAGAAACGCGGCUCUCCUCGGUACAUCAUUCGCGGAACAUUAUUACGCCGUGAUGCGUACUACACCGGAGCACGCGGACAAAUUCUACGACGAUUCCGGUGAGUACCAGACGGUGUACGAGGAUUGCACUGCCGUCAUAGCCAGGACCCGGCAGCAGGUGCAAGAGGUGUUGUCGCGACCCAUGGCGGCGUCCAAGUUAACCGUUCAAUCGAUUUUUUCGGUCCCGUAUGGUGGAUCGGUUGAACGCCUCCUAGUUAUGGUGACUGGUCAAUCGUUCGUGCACGUAUUCGUCGCGGAGUACAGACCGAAACGGUUACUUAAUUACGUCAUUGUAACGUCUCUGGUUCAAUAUGUUCACGCCGGACAAGCCGGCGAAGGCCCGAAUCAGAAAACGACUCUCGAUACAGGCGACUGUCGAAUUGGCAUCAGCAACGAUCGCACACCGACGGCUUGUUUAUUAGCGAAGAAACAAGUAGUAUCUUCGCAAUAUUUAACUAACUACCAUAACCCGUUUCCCAAUACCGUAACCGAUAACGUGCAACCCGAUAUCAUCAUCGAUAAUGCACUUUUAAGAUUUAUUAAUAAUAUAACAAAUCCCGCCAAAAUCACUAUCUCCCACGAACCCCUUCCCGGUGCAGCAACCGAUAACACAUCGACAGCAGAUUCAAAAGCAAACCAACACGUACGAAUUACCUCCGAUAAAGCUACAAACCACGAAACCCUUAUCGAUAACUUUAAAGAUAGCACGCAACACGGCAUCGUCACUGAAAACCCACCCAUCAUAAUUUUAAAAUGUGAAUCCAAUCCCAUAGAAACCAAAACCCCCAAAGAACCCUCACCUCAGAAUACGGCAAGCAUAAAUGUAAAUCAAAAUUUAGUCACGGAGAACCCACUUUCUUCAACCUUUAACCGCUUACCCGGUCCAUCCCAAAUGUCUNUUCCCGUGAAAACUCUACGAAUGCCUUCACGAAAAAAAGUCAUCAAAAUUUCGCCACCAGAAAUACGCAGAUCAAAAUAUCAAACCACGUCUCAACUCCUCCGGAAUUAA